GAGCAAGCUAGAAUUGUUCAAUUGGGUGCUCUAUUCGCCUCUCUUGGAAGAAUUGGCGCCAUGGCCUGUCCUCCCCAUGCAGAGUUGCGAACUUGCGAAGCAGCGGAAGCUUUUCCCUCCUGCAUCUGACACUGACAUUAUUAUGAAGGUUCUCUUCAGGAAGGGUGGUUCGAGCUAGUAAUAGUAUUAAUAGAACGUCCCUCUUGUGAAGCAAUCCUUGCAGGACAGCUUCGUAGAGCCGCUCAGACGUUGGGACUCGGGAGCCUCAGAAUGGAACCGCACUCGUAUGUCCGAGUUUGUGUAGCGGCUCUCGCGCUUCGGGUCCCUCUUCACGCCCGCAUAGGGGGUGGAGGACAGGUCCAUUCAGCCUCCAUUCCCGCUUAUGCAGAGCUCUGCCUCGGGAAGCUGCCUAUUCACACUGCACCUGUCCCCCUUGUGCCGCCUGGCUUAGCGGGCCCGGAUGUCAACUCCUCUGCAAUUGCUGCUACAUUCUAUCUGGAUGAGCGGAGCCUCACCUCGCUCUUUAGCUCAAAGUCAUCCGCUCUAGUUAUCACCCUAAAGAUGGCCUCACAACCGUCUUGUUGUGGGAGGGGGAGUGGGGUUGUGUUGGGACGUUUUGAGCUCCCUGUGGAUAGGGAUUGGGAGGCGAACGAGCCGUUCAUUGCACAUGGGGGUUGGGCAUCCAUAGGAAAGAGGGCCAAGAAGGGCUCUGCUGACGAUGAGAUGGAGUUGCAUGCGGUUGUGCGGAUAGAACCGGACCCGAGGUUGAUGUUUGAGUUUGAUGGGGCCACGACGCGAAGCCCGCAGAUCCUCCAGGUCAAUGGGGACAGCCAGCAGCCCCUCUUCUCCAUAAAGUUUUGCACAGACAGAGGCUCUAGACCAAGUAUGGGGACAAACGACACACUCAAUAGGACCGGCUGGGAUGCACUGCGAGCGUCGGUGCCGUUUGUAAUGGGGGGCAGCCAGGGCCGAGAGCGGAAAGGGUGGCUGGCCAUGAUUCACGAUCUGAACGGAACGCCCGUGGCUGCAGCGUCCAUGAUUACACCGUUUGUACCUUCCGCCGGUAGCGAUGCGGUGUGCAAAUCCAACCCGGGGGCCUGGUUGUUACUUCGGCCAGAGGUCGACCAAUCUGGGAACGACACCUGGCGGGCCUGGGGCAAACUAGAGGCGUGGAAGGAGAAGAAAGGGAGUAACAUCAUCCUGAGACUGUCGGUGGUGGAUGGGGACGGGAGCAGCAUGCCCGCUAGCCAGGUUGUCGUUGCUGAGGCGACCAUCAACCCGAGCAAGGGCGGCGUCUUCCGCAUCCAGGGGAAGCCUAAAGGUUCCCUCCGCAUGCCCGUUCUGUACCCUGCCAACGCGAGCGGCAAGCCGUCCCCUGCGCUGACGCUGUCGCAGGCGUGGCUGAGCCCUCAGACGGGUUUCGUGAUGAGCGCGUACAUUCGAGGGGACCGCAACAAGAGCUGCCCGACAGUCAACGUCAGCAUGCGGCAGGUCGCUACCGUUGGGGACGCCGCCAUGUUCAUGGCGCUUGCAGCUGCAGUAGACCUUUGCAUAGAGGCGUGCCUUCCUUUUCGUGGAAGUGGUUGACCCUUAAUUAGACCACUUAACUAGGGUUUGGGACCGUUACUAAGUGGUUUGUGGGCAGUCUAGCAAGGCAGCGCUAGUGGAUCAGGAUCGAAGUCCCGCUUCUCAUGGUGGGCAUCUUAGCAAGGGCCGAGCUAUUGGAUUGACAAAAACUGAUACCUGUACAAAAGUUACGUUUGUAGGAUAGACUGGAUCUUUGACGGAAAAGCCGAACGAAAAAGGUUGAGAUUACCGGCGCGGGAGGGAAUUAUCAAGUGCUUACGGACUGGACUGUGUGUUUGGGAUGGGAGUGUCGUAGGUGACACUGGGAUCCACGUAUAGACUUCAUGGAUCAUAAGAUCACAAGCUUUUUAAGGUUUUGCGUUCGGGCUACUUGUCGGAUGCAUCUCAAUGGAGCGCUAUUGUCGACCAAUA